UGCUAGCAUGGUGGCACUAGCUGUACCAGCUGGGGAAGUUAUGAAUUUAUUCACAUAGUAAAGUUUUAAUGGCAGAAAUGGGCCGUUGACUGUGGAUUUUUUAUAAGUUUGGAACUCUGAACAUAAAGUAUAUUACAAAGAGACAGAGGCAGAACCAUGACAGCUAACGAGGAUCAAGAGAUGGAGCUGGAGGCUCUUCGCUCCAUCUAUGAGGGGGAUGAGGGUUUCAAGGAAAUCAGCCCAGUGUCCUUUCAGUUUAGGAUAGGAGACCUUGAUGACACCAAAGCUUUCAUCCUGGACAUCCAGUGGCCAGAGACAUACCCCGAGACGGCCCCACAAAUGUCCCUUGAUGCCUUUUUCAACAACAGAAUCUCUGCAGAGACAAAGCAGUUGAUCCUGUCAAAACUGGAGGAGCAGGUGGAGGCUAACCUGGGGACAGCGAUGAUGUACACGCUAUUUGAGUGGGCCAAGGAAAACCAGGAGGCCCUCAUGGAGAACCAUAAGCCUGUAGUGACUGCUGUGCAGACGUUGACCUCCAGCAAUGAGGCGACGAUCACCUGCUCGACAGCCAAGAAGAAGGAGAAGAAAGAACAGCUGACUAAAGCUCAGAAAAGAAGGAUCAUCAACAGAACGGAUAACAAAGGUGAACUGCCAAGAGGUUGGAACUGGGUGGAUGUAAUCAAACACCUGAGUAAAACAGGAGGAAAAGACGACGACUAAAGCCAGAGGGCAGUGAUGUGGUGCUGCUUUAAUACGAGAAACUGCAGUGAAGUCUGAAAUCACUGCAGCCUGUUGAUGCCGCUGCUAUCCAGAAGCCUUCACAUCCAAUCUCACGACCCUCUACACUCACAAUGGCCGCUUCCACCCACCCGACAACCAAAGCAGGCUGGUUGACGGCAGAUUUCAGGAUAUACAUACACACAUUUCAGCUAAACUGCGUUUUUAUGUGUUUUGUGGUGUUCGUUUUUGGGAAAGCAGCAAAACGUGAAGAGGAACACACCAUCAGGCUCCUUUCUUUCACUUAGCUCUCAGAUGUUCCCGCUCAGCCAUCCAUCAAGGGUGGAGUGGUGUGAGAUACUCGCUGUCACUGCCAUGUUUUCAGUGGGUGAGAUUAGGCCCAGCUGUCAAGCACUGGAGCCAUAACAUUUUUGGAUUGCGGGUUUUAAAUGGAUGUGUCAAAAGCAUCAAAGUAGCAUCUUGCUGUUACUCUGAGGUUUCGUGACUUCUUUGCGAAAGCAGAGAAAAUUUUUAAUGGCACACAAAAUGUUACUCCUGUUGCUGUUUUCUUAUUUUGAUAAAUGUGUCCUUUUCCCUGUGAACUGGAAAAAGUUAACAUUUUUACAUAUAUAUAUAUAAAUAAAGCCGCAUUUGGUCUGCU